GAGGUGGUGAGAUGGUGGCCGAAUGUCCACCGGGCUACGUACAGAGAGGCGGCACGAGCGACUGCUACCUCUUCCACAGCGGCAGCAAGAGGACUUGGUACGACGCCACUUCCUACUGCACCAAGCAGAACGGCAACCUCGUCAGGAUUGAAACGGCGGACAUGACGGGCUGGCUAUCGCUCCAAAUCGUGGAGUCUGGCAUUGUAGGUGACUCUUCAGAGUUCUGGAUAGACGCCAGGUACAAUGAGACGGCAGAAAUAUGGUACUGGGCAAGCAACGGCCAUGUCGUCGACCUGAACUACAUUCCAGAAGACGCGCGUCCGAAGGAAGGCAACUUCGGGGUGCUUACGACGGACUCAACUCUACUCGGUCACGAUGAGUCUGAUCAGUACCACUUCAUCUGCCAUCGUCUUAUCAGUAAAACUGUAUCAGACAUUCGCGAUUCUUGGCUGAACGCUGAGUUGAUGUGCCAGCAAAUCAGCGGCGACUUGGUCACCAUCAACGACGAUCAGGAACAGUUCUUCAUUUUAGAUGAAGCUCUCAAGCACCACGACAACGUCUGGAUCGGAAUGACAGAAAUAGGCCAUGCUGGACAAUUUUAUUGGAUUGGCGACAACAGCACGGAAUACACCAACUGGGCUCAAAAUAAAAGCAUGCCGCAAUCCAUGGGCGGAACAGCUAGUGCAGUGGUCGAUGCCGAAGAUGCACGUGGCCAAUGGUUGACAGAGAAUGCAGUUAACGACCAUAUUUUCGUUUGUGAACGCCCAACAGGAGCCUGCGUUGCGGGCUGGGAGGAGUUUGGAGAUUCUUGUUAUUACUUCAACCGCCUCGACGUGGACGUCGUCACGUGGUUGACGGCCCACGAGCUCUGCCAGGGAAUCGGCACGCACCUUCUCGUCGUGGAUUCCCAAGAGGAAGAUGAUUUUAUUCGCGGCAAAAUAUCUGAAGGAGAACAAUUGUGGAUUGGAUUGUACUUUGAGCAAAACAACACCGCGUUCAAGUGGGUGGAUGGUUCGUUGUACUCCAACAACAUCACUCACAUGUCGCAACAAGAUGAGGAUGACGUCAUCGCUCAGGGUGAAUCCAAGUGCGUCGCAGCUCAAAUCGAUACCUCUACGGAAGUUAAUGAGGAGUCCUGGGACCCGCUGACGUGCACGGAGACUCGCAACUACAUUUGUGAAGUUGCUGCCGGGACGCCGGUCUACAUCCACGUCCCUCCUCUGGAACAGUACUGCCCAGAUGGCUGGGUUCUGGAUCAAGACUUUUGCUACCUUGUAUCCAGCAAUGAGAUGACGUGGAGCUCCGCUGAAUCUUUCUGCCAGACUGCGGGAGGACAUCUUGCUUCAAUUAAUUCUUGGAUAGAGCAAGACACAGUCCAUAAUCAUCUGGACGACACCAGCUGGAUUGGUCUGAAUGAUCGUCGUGUAGAUGGAGUGUUUGAAUGGUCCGACGGCAAUGCUGUCGUCAUUCAAAACUGGAACAUGGGAGAGCCAUCCGGCGGAGAUGAAAAUUGUGUCGAAAUGAAAAUUGAGGAAGGAUUUUGGAACGACAUGACGUGCUCAGAAGCUCAACCGUUUGUGUGUAAACGUGGCUACUCGACCACCCCCCUCGGUCCGGUCACUACCACCACUCCAGCUCCAGACUCUGGCUCGUGUGGAGAAGGGUGGGAGGAAGACUCGACCUCGGGCAUCUGCUACAUGUUCGUGAAUGAACUUCUAGCACAGGCCGAUGCUAGGCUGCGCUGUCAGGAAAUGCCCUACAGCGAAGGCCAGUCCGUCCCAGACCUUACUUCUCUGUCCAAUGAAGACGAGCAGCUCUUCGUUGGAGGAAUGGUGGCUCGGGCACGCGUACAAGACCAUGGUGUGUACAUUGGGCUCAAGAACGAUUACACUUCCCUCUACUGGACUGAUGGAGAGCCUGUGGCGAUCCUUAAUUACGCUGACGGUGAACCCAAUGGAUAUUACUACGAUUCUUGCACAGAAAUGUUAAACGAUGGGACAUACAAAUGGAAUGAUUGCGACUGCACGCUCAGAUUGCCGUUCGUUUGCGAAAAGAAAGGACUUGACUACAAGUCACCAACUCCUCCGCCAAUUCUAUCAGAGUGCCCCGCUGGUUGGAAGUUUUUCAACGAGUUCUGCUACUACAUAUCCUCCCCAUCGGAGCUAAAGGAUUGGUCAGACGCCAGAGGUUCUUGUGCUGACAUGUAUGGUAGCUCACUCACUUCCAUCAUGAGUGAAGAUGAGAACAAAUUUAUUUUGGAUUCCAUUCAAGACGGUUAUAAAAAUACUUGGAUUGGCCUCAUCGCCCUGGACAAUGGAUCUUAUACAUCGUGGGUGAAUGGGGACUUGAUCACCUACACAAACUGGUAUCCCGGGGAACCUAACAACCAAUUUGGACUGGAGGACUGUGUAGAGAUGAUGCUCUCAUAUGCAGGGGGAGGCCAAGGGCAAUGGAACGACAUGCCCUGCGAUAGCGAAGAUCGCUUCGUUUGUAAAACACAAUUCAAGACGUGCCCUGAAGGCUGGUCGCUGCAUGACAACAAAUGUUAUUACAUCAGCACGAUCAGCGAGACAUGGGACAUUGCGCUCGACAAGUGCAGGGAAGUGGAGGGAGAUGCGACACUACUGAGCUGGCAUUCCCAGGCGGAGGUUGAUUACGUGCAAGGUUUGAUCAACGACUCGAUCGAUCUGACGUGGCUGGGACUGCGGUUCGAGGAGGGCGAGGCCUGGAAAUGGACGGAUGGCUCGGCUGACGACUACAUCAACUGGAGGCCUGGACAGCCGGACCACAACGACACCGAGCUGUGCGCCCUGACUGAUUCAAAUCCGGAAAGCUCCAAUUACGGUUACAUCGACAACUAUCCUUGUAACGGCUCGCAUCACUUCGCUUGCGAGUUUUUCCCAACUCAUGCUGUUGGCUGUGAUCCUGGCUGGGAGUUUUACGGCGGUUAUUGCUAUUAUGACAGUCAGCAUAAGGAGGAAUUUCCUACACUGAACUACGAAGACGCAUCGGCUAAAUGCCAAGAAUUUGGUGGCCACCUUACGUCCAUCUUAUCGGCAGACGAAAAUAACUUCCUCUAUAGUCAUUUAAAUGAUUACUACGGUUUUUAUCACAUUGGACUGAAAGUUACGGCUUCUGAUGGCAAGUUCAGCUGGAGCGACGGCUCCCCAGUGCUCUACACAAGUCUUUCCUCUAUUUAUUCAGCUCCUACUUCAAAUACCUGCUUCUUCUUGGCCCAAUUCUGUGGUCUGCUGUGGGAGUCGUUGGACGGUUGUGCUUCUGAAGAAUAUUAUUUGUGCAAGAAACCUGCCACAAUAACCAGCCUUUUACCGCCGUCAUCUGGAUGUAUUAGUAAUGAUGAUCUUUAUCACGGCACUUCAUGUUAUUCAAAAAUGAGUUACAAAACAAACUACAAAACUGCGAAGUCCAAUUGUUCAAGUCUUAUACCUGGAGGUCACGUCGUCAGCAUAAAAGACCAAGUUGAAGGAGCAUUCCUAGCCGCACAUCUUGGUGAGCUCGGCGGUCACGUUUGGAUCGGCUUGCAAGAAAUGGUCAACAAUGACGGCACCAUCGGCUUCAGAUGGGACGAUGGCACAGACUUCACGUACAGCAGCUGGGGAGAAUACCAGCCAGACACCGACGUGGGAGAAUGCGCUUAUGCGUCUGGCGACGAGGCUUCCUUGGGUCUGUGGUACAUCAGCGACUGCAUGAACAACAACCCCUUUAUUUGUGAAUACAAGCGUGAUGGCUACACCACCAUAGCGCCUCCCGUCACAACUGCGGGUCCAGCACUAUGUCCUGCUGGCUGGACACUUUACACCUCCACGCAGUCUUGUUACAAGGUCAUGACUGACGAGAAAUCUCAAGGACUGGCACAGGCAGCUUGUGCUCAGUUUGGCGGAAAUUUGGUCAGCAUCCACAGCGAACAGGAAGAAAUCUUCCUCAGAAAGCUCCCAGACUUUGCCUCGAUCAACAGCUCAUUCUUCUGGACUGGCCUCGUGCACGGUGCCGACAAUGGUGGGUACUCUUGGCUGGACUCGACCGCGACAGAUUUCCUGCAUUGGGCGAACGGACAGCCCGACUCUCACUUAAACAGGGAAGACUGCGUCAGCGUGCUCAUCGAGACCUUCCUGUGGUACGACUCUUACUGCGACGGCUACCUUCCUUACAUCUGCGAAGCCCCGCAAGGCUUUACGAUGACCACCAUCCAUCCAAUCACCAGCGCACCAGAUGUCCAGUGUGUGGACUUCCCACAGGAUCCAAAGUGGCUUCAAAACAACGGUCAAUGCUACAGGAUAUUCUCCGAGACAGAGACGACUUCGCAGUCUUGGCACGAAGCUCGGAGAGAAUGCGAAAGUUUUGGCGCAAACCUUGCCUCGGUGAUUGAUGAGCAAGAAAACAGUUUCUUGGUUUCCAAAGUACACAGAUAUUCAGACAACAGCUUGUGGAUCGGAGGCUAUGCUUACUAUGAAGAAGGAUUCCGAUGGUCCAAUGGCGACCCUUUUGAAUUCACCAAUUGGGACAUGGGCGAACCAAACUCGGAAUUGGACCAAGAGUCGUGCCUCGCUGUUUACCCCCAAAAGUUUGGUUACUGGAACGACGACAACUGCGGCACUCCCCAUGGCUUCAUUUGCAAGAGGCCUGUUGGCGGCACCGCUCCACCCCUCACCACAGCCUCCCCUCCUGCAGGCCAUUGUCGCCAGGGCUACCUUCAUGCAGGUGGAAAGUGCAUACAACUGGUGGAAAAUAAGUUGUCUUUUGACGACGCCCGGAAGGCGUGCCGGGAAUCGGGCGUUAAUAGCGACCUAAUCAGCAUCCACGGGCCGGAAUUGCAAGCCGCGGUGACUGUCAUCAUGAGCUUAGCGGUUGACCCCGCGUGGAUUGGUUUGCGGUUUGUCGGUGGCUCCUACAAGUGGGUUGACCAGACCAGCUUCUCGUACUCGAGCUGGAGCUCGGGGGAACCCAAUGAGGACUCGCAGUCGAUGCCUUGCGUGCAAACGGAGCCAGGAACUGGAUAUUGGGAUGAUCUCAGCUGCAACAACAACAGAAGCUACAUCUGUGCACAAAAUCCAGAAUCGGACCUCAGCACUGACGCACCGAAACCGAAAUGCUCGAGUCCCUUCAGCGACUACCUGGACUACUCGGGCUCCUGCUACAAAGCAGUUACAGACCCCAAGAGCUGGCACGAAGCGGAAGACUACUGUGUUGCCGAGAACGCUCACCUUGUGUCAAUUGAGAGCGUCGCUGAGAACGCACUCAUCUACGGCGUUGCCCUAGAGGCGAAUAUGCCGGACGUUUGGAUUGGACUCAAUUCCAUAAAGGAUGCGGACCAGUACCGCUGGUCAGACACUUUCCCAGUGCUCUUCACUCGUUGGGGUCGAGACCAACCAAAUGUGAGCGACACAGACUCACGUUGUGUCCAACUAACCACAUCACUUGAUGCUCUCUGGUACAACUCGCGGUGCGAUGAACCCAGACCUUUCUUCUGCAAGUACUCUUCAGAGCCCAUACCCACCGCGGAGCCGCCGGUCGACGGGAAUUGUCCAAAUCCAAAUUGGCUGGACUUUGGAGGAGGUUAUUGCUAUCGCAUAUUCAACACCAUCAAACCUUGGAAUGACGCCAACCUUGCCUGCAUGCAGGAAGGCGCGACGCUUGUUUCCAUUCACUCGCAGGCGGAGCUGGAUCUUGUACAGAGAGCCACAGCAGAAUACAAGGGUAACCAAUGGAAUGGUCUCAUCCAACAAUCGGCUGGUUAUGGAUGGACUGACGGCUCUGCCGUAGACUACCUCAAUUGGGGAGAGGGCGAGCCGAACAACGACGGAGACCUUUGCGUGGAGAUGAACGAGAAGGAUCUAUCAUGGAACGACGUGGCUUGCGAUGCUGAAAGAAUUUUCAUCUGCAAAGUUGCGAAAGUAAAUGGAGAUGACGCUGUUCAAAGUACCCCACCUCCAAUAGGCACAACAAGAACACCUGAGAAUGGAAAAGGUCUGGCGGGAGGCGCCAUUGCGGGGAUCGUAAUAGGUUGCCUGCUGCUGGUCGCUGUUCUGGGUUUCGUGGGCUACUCAUAUCGCGACAGACUGCUCACAACCAUGAGACCCUCUUCAGACGUUGGUCCUCCAUUUGUGACCGUGCAAGAGACCAAGACAGAGGGAGAAGAUGACAGUCAGCACUCUACGGUGUAGACAUCACACGCGCUGGUGCUUUUAG